GUGUCUGAUUGUGUGCGGAGGAGAUCGAACGCGAGAGCGAUCCAACGGUUUCAAGAGACCUUUCGAUCUAUAUAAAUACGGGACCGGCGACGCACACAAACCCUAAUUCCAGAACCAUCCCCUCCGACCUAGGCUAUGGCUUUCAUCGUGUCCAAGCUCGCGCGGGCAGCCCUCGCAUCCCGCCCCGUUGGAGAUAUUGCUGGUGGCAUCUCCCCGUGUCUCUCCCGGCUCUAUCUGGCGGCUGGUACCAGCCGUCGCAUGUUUGCAGCUGCAGGCGGUCCCAAGUCAAAAGAAGCACCCCGAAUAUUUCCCCUUGUUGAUGAGAAUUCCAUUAAGUCGAAGGAAUCCCUAUGGGCCUUGUAUGAAUGCUGGUGCAAGUAUUGGGGGGUAUCCCGUGACCGUGAAGAGAUGGUCCGCCGGUUCAAGUCAUUUGAGGCUACUGCACAGUGGGUUUACAAAAUGAACAACUCUGGGUGUUCGCAAGUGUCUCAACUGGGCCCGCAUGCAGAUUUUUCAGAGAGUGAGUUUGCUGAGGUGGUGUUUCCUCCACUUCCUGAUGAUGAUGAUGAAGACAUAAAAGAGAUGGUGCCAGGUCAAGAUUUGGGCCAGGAGCUUGAGGAGCCCUUAAAUAAUUAAUUCGAGAAAUUAUGAACUUGUCUUACUCCAUCCGUUCCCAAAUAUAAGUCUUUCUAGAGAUUCAACAAGUGACUACAUACGGAGCAAAAUGAGUGAAUCUGCACUCUAAAAUAUGUCUACAUGCAUACGUAUGUUGUAGUCCAUUUGAAAUGUCUAAAAAGACUUAUAUGUAGGAACGGAUGAGUAUUUGGUUGUGGUAAUACUGUGGUACUGGGAUUAUUGUUGUUGUCUGGUUGUUCUCAUGGAACCAAAUUAGAAUUGAAAUAACUUUGUGUUAUUGCUCUAA